CUGGACUGGUGCGCAGUAAGAAAAAAAAGGAAAUUUGAGUGAAGCACAGUUUUUAUUGUUUCCCUUUUUUUAUUUUUUACAAUAAUUCUUUAUUCACUAAUUAAUUAUUCCAUUCUGCUCCAGUAACAACAGCAGCUACUGCUUUUGUUUGUUCUGACCGUUAACGGCCAUCGUGAAAGUCACGUUUUGUCUCACCUCUCUGCCGGCGCCCGUCCGUGAACCUCCACCACCAAAAACACCACCUACUCUGCUCCUCAUCCCACCAUCACCAUCGCACUCCCCGCCCGCAACAAAUUAACACUCCAUACUCUCAACACGUCGAUCUACCACCGUCAGAAACACAGCAGCAAAACUACCACAUCCAGAGAACCCGCACAGCACAGUCCAGCCAUGGCUUCAGCUCGCGCCGCACAGGCCGACCGCUUGAACAGCUCGCCCAUGGACGACCAAGACGAUGCACCCACCGCUCCCGCCACACCCAGAGACUCUGGUCCCAACGAUAUUCCCCUCUCACAAGUCACCAUGCCUUCCACAGAACCCCCUGGAUCGCCGCUUCACCCCAAUUCCUCCUUCAAGACCGAGUACAACGACGACAGACCUUCCGCGACCGUUAUCCCAUCUUCCAUGACGCCGCCGCCGUCCACACAAGCAGACACUGCUGCUGUCGCUGCUACCAGCGCUGCAGCUCGUCGCGGAGUCUUUACGCAACCUUCACAACACUCGACGCUCUGCUCGCCGCCAGCCACAGUACCAAACACGGCGCGCAUAAGAGACGCUGCAUCCGAGUUUGUCACACCCACCGCCCAGCAGAUUGACGACGCUUCGGCCGAUGAGCUGCGCACGUUGCUGCACGCCUGCACCGCCGAGAACCAGCGACUCAAGAUGGAGACGGCGCACCACAAGUUGCAGUUCAACUUGUUUAGGAUGCAAGCUGAGGAAGAGUCCAUGCGCGCCGCCGUCGAGCACGACAUGGUCCGUCGCGAAGUCGAUGCUCUGCGCAUGGCUGAACACUCUCGCCAAGCUCGUCGCGAAUUGAGCUCCUCGUCAGAUUCCAUGCAGUCCAAGUAUCUGCAAAUCAAGGUCUGGUACGACGGCGCCAUGGACGACAACGAGCUCCUACAGCGCCGCCUAAAGGUGGCCAAAAAGGUCAUCCAGCAAAAGGAGGAAGAGACUAUUAGCCUGACGGAAGAGAGAGAUAUGCUGCUCAACCGCAUCCGGGAAAACAGAGAGCAUUUCCACAUGCUCUGUAGCCCUGGCGGCAUCUUCCACGCUGCCAUUGCCCCUCGAAACCAGAACCUGGCUACCCCGGCUCAGGUUCACCGAGCAUCUAGCAGCCAGCAGUCACAGCAGAGGCUAGCGCGCGACGGCCCAAGAGAAGAGAACCAGCAUGGUCUAUCGGCUCUGCUCCAGGCUAUGAGCCAGGACAGUCACGGCCACUCGCAAUCUGCCAGCCAGGCGGUCGUCAACAGCACACCUACAACCCCGACACAGCUUCAGCAGCACCAGCAGCUCGGCUCUGGACGUCGCCUAAGCAAGCACAGCCGCAACGCGCAGUCCAUGUCUUCGCUGCCUACUACGCCUACACACCGCGCUCGGGGCGAGCACGCCGCCCUGCUCCCAUCUGUAGACCUCGUGCCUCAGACGGAGCCGCGCAUGCGAUAUGCAGACCGUUAUUUCGAAGCGUCCGCGUCUUCUAGAUCGCACAUGCGCCGCAAGAGCCGCGAAAGCACCAUUUCCGCAGAAGACACAGACGAUGCACCAUACGGCAGCCAAGCUAGCCAAGCUGCCGCGCAGAUGCUCCGCCUGCAUCCCGGCAAGAGCUUCGACGGGCCACCUUCACACGACAACGCGGAUGGCCGUAUCCAAGCAAAGCUGUCCAACAUUGGCCGGGGCGAUAAGCGCAAGUUUAGCAGCAGCGACGAGCACGAGAGUGGCUCACCAAAGAGAGUGAGAACAGAGGAGGUUGGCCUGGGCAUACAGUACCAGCGAUGAAAGAAGGGAGUGAGUGGGACCUUAUGUGUGUGCCCUAGAUUUUGGUUGAUUUCUUCCAUGUAAAACUUUUUUGAACAUGACGACUCAUGAACAUGAACUGUAACUUAUUGAAUGGCAUACGAAAACUAUGGGAUGACGGCGUUUGGGGGGGGGGAUUUUAGGUAGCGUGCAAAAACAAAAGCACAGCACAACAUGUAAUGACGACUGUUUUGUCUCUUUUCGCGC